UUGCGCGCGGACGUGGACGGGCUCGGCCGCAAGGGGGAUGUCUGCGACGUGGCCGCGGGCUACGCCCGCAACUACCUGGUUCCCAAGGGCCUGGCGCUGAAGUCGUCUCCCGGCGCCGAGCGGCAGGCCGGGGUCAUGCGACGCAGCGCCGCCCUGCGCAGGGCGGCCGACCGGGCCGACGCGGAGGAGAUCGCCGUGCGGCUGGCGCCCGCGGUCCUGUCGGUGUCGGCGCGGGCGGCGGAGUCGGGCCACCUCUACGGCUCGGGGCACGGCUGCAGGGCAGGUCUUCAUGAGCGUCUCUUCAUGAGCGUUACCGACACCGCGCAGUGGCGGAGCGCGGGCGCCACCACCGGCGGGGAGAGGCGCGAUGUGCGCGUCCCUCCCCACAAUCUGGUGGCCGAGGAGUCUCUGCUGGGCGCGAUGCUGCUGUCGCGCGACGCCAUCGCCGACGUGUUGGAGACCGUGUCGGCGGAGCACUUCUAUCGGCCCGCGCACGCGCGGGUCUUCGAGGCGGUACACGGUCUCUACAGCGCCGGGGAGCCAGCCGAUGCCGUGACGGUGGCGGCGGCUCUUGAGAGCAGCGGCUCGCUGGAGGCCAUCGGCGGUCUGGACGGCCUGCUGUCGCUGCAGAUGAACACGCCGGCCACGUCGAACGCGGCCUCCUAUGCCCGCAUAGUGCGGGAGCAUUACACGCUGCGCCGUCUCAUACAGGUGGCCGGAGAGAUCGCGGAGCUGGGCUACGGCCGUCCCGACGAUGUGACCAAGGCUGUGGACUGGGCCGAGAACCUGAUGUACCAGGUGGCCCAGGGCCAGGUGGGCGACAACACGGUCCAGCUCUCGGAGCUGCUCGACGGGACUCUGGACCGCCUUGAGGAGCUCUACGAGCACGGGGGGUCGAUCACCGGAACCGCCACCGGCUACACCGACCUCGACAAGCUGCUGUCGGGCCUGCAGCCCAGCUCCCUGUAUGUGGUGGGCGGCCGACCGUCCAUGGGCAAGACGUCGUUCGCGCUGGGCAUGGCCGCCCACGCGGCGAUAAAGGUGCAGCGGCCCGUGCUGGUGUUCUCGCUGGAGAUGGGCCACAUCGAGCUGACGCAGCGGCUGCUGUGCGCCGAAGCCCGCAUCGACUCGACCAAGAUGCGCGACGGCAGGCUGAGCGACGACGACUGGAACCGGAUCACCGGCGCGAUCAGCCGGCUGUCGACCGCGCCCAUGUGGAUCGACGACAACCCGAACGUGACAGUGAUGGAGAUAAGAGCCCGGGCCCGCCGCCUCAAGAGCCAGGUCGGCGACAUCGCCAUGAUCGUCGUGGACUACCUCCAGCUGAUGACAGGCCGGCAGGCCGCCGACAAUCGCCAAGUCGAAGUGGCGGAGAUCUCGCGGGGCCUGAAGAUUCUGGCCCGCGAGCUGGAGGUUCCGGUGGUGGCGCUGUCGCAGCUCUCCCGCAAUCUCGAAAUGCGCCAGCAGAAGCGGCCCAUGCUGGCGGACCUGCGGGAGUCCGGGGCCAUCGAGCAGGACGCCGACGUGGUGAUGUUCAUCUAUCGUGAUGAGGUGUACAACCCCGACAACGCAGACACCGCGGGCACGGCCGAGGUCAUCGUGGCCAAGAACCGCAACGGCCCGACCGCCACGACCACGCUGGCCUUCCUGUCCCGGUUCACCACCUUCGCCAACUUCGCGGCCCGGGCCGCCAUCUAG